GAGAGAGAGAGAGAGAGAGAAGAAGAGGGAGGAGGAGGAGGAGGAGGGGAGCAGCAUGAACAAGUGAGUGAGCGAUCAAGGGAAAGAGAGCAAGAGAGUGAGGGAAAGUAAGCGAGCACUCUGAAUUGUGAGUGGCUUACGACACUCAGUGAACAGAAGGUGCUUCUGCAUGCGCUGUCAGUGCACUGGUCUGCUGCAAGGGAUUGCGCGCUCCUUUGCUUCCCACAUUUACCGCCCCUGCUUGCCUACCAGCACCAGCCUCCAGCAGCCUCUUCCAGCUGGCUGACGAAAACACCGGGAGAGGUAGGGAGCGAGCGAAAACCUGCAAGCCACGGGGGGAUGCGAGCGGCUUCUUAACCGACGCGAGCCGCCGCGAUGACAAGGAAUACUGUUACACAAGAAAACAGUGAACAGGGUUCACCUCUUUAAAUCCUGAUUAUUGUUUUUUUUUUUUUCCUCCUUCCUUGCAUUCGUCACUGAAAGCAUGAUUAACCGCCUGAAUGGAUUUAAACCUUACAAGUCAGUUCUUUCUCCCAGAGACGGACGAUAAUACAUUUUGACAGAUCUGCUGAAACUUAAGCAGGGAGGGGAGGAGAAAAGAGCAAGAGAGAUAUUUGAAAAGAUUCCUGCUUGGUCUUUUUUUUUUUUUCUUUCUCUGGUUGUCUCUUCUUCCCUCUGAUCAUUGCAGCAGAGGACUGCGGAGGAGCAAAAGAGACAGAGCUCAUGCAUGCAGACAGGGGAACUUGCACUUCCUACCAUCUCGCUGAAAGCUACUUGGAUUCCUUCUCUUUCUGGCUCUUUCACUUGAAGAGAACUAAGACAUUGUAAGCCUGCCAAGGAUCUGGUGUCCACUGAAAAGAGAGAAGGGAGGGGGGGAGAAUUUGUACCACAGUGGGGUCUUUUUUAGAUUCGCACAUAAUUAGUGUUGGGGCACAAAGCGAGUUGCUGAAUGGAGAUUGUCAGCUUUUGGAUAGGGGUGAGUAGGAAUCUUUUUGCAUAAGAUCAAUCUGUGAGGACAGUUUUAUUUUUCACCCCCUCUAUCCUCCACCCACCGCUUGAUAUCAAGCACAAGAAAAAAAAAAAAAAGACUCGCUCUCUGUUCUUUGCGUUUUUCGACAAGGAUUUCCUCGGACUGAAUAACAGAGACAUACUGUCACUACUUGCUGCUAAAAUACAAAGACAGAGCCAAACAGACGAUCAAAUUGUGUAAAAAAAUGAUGUGAUAAAUAUGAAUUGAUAGGUGCAAAAACAAUAUCCAGAGUGGUUCAAUGGACAUUUUCUCCCCGACAUCCCUGGAUAUUUAUGCUAAUGGAUUUCCUUCUAAUUGGACUGUACUUAAAGUGGCCACUGAAGAAGCCCCCUGGGUUAAUACUGUGUUCAUUGGGCAUUUUUCUACGAAUGGUUCCCUUGGUAGAGGGGGUUUGUCCAAGGCUGUGCCGCUGCGACAGCAAGCUGCUGUACUGCGAGGGGCUCAACCUCACAGACAUUCCCCGCAAUCUGAGCAGUGCCAUGGGCCUGUCCAUGAGAGAGAACAACUUGACCGAGCUGCGUGAAGGCCAACUGGCUGGCCUGUCACAGCUCACCUGGCUCUACCUAGAUCACAACAACAUUGACAUUGUAGAGGAGGGUGCGUUUGACAGGCUAAGACGGGUCAAGGAGUUAGACCUGAGCAGCAACCGGAUAGAGAAUCUGCCAAAUGGCACCUUUAGGCCCCUCCCAAACCUGCGUAUCUUGGACCUCUCUUACAACAGGCUGCAGGCACUAGAGCCCGACCUGUUCCACGGCCUUAGAAAGCUAACCAAUUUGCAUUUGCGCUACAAUGCUCUCAAGUUUGUGCCAGUGCGGAUUUUUCAAGACUGCAGGAGCAUGCAGUUUCUGGACUUGGGCUACAACCAACUGCAGAGCCUGGCACGAAACUCCUUUGCUGGCCUCUUCAAGUUGACUGAGUUGCAUCUCGAGCACAAUGACCUGGUUAAAGUCAACCUAGCCCACUUCCCUCGCCUCAUGUCUUUACGUACUCUGUACAUGCACAACAAUCGUGCCACUAUUGUUGUCAACACCCUGGACUGGACAUGGCAUUUUUUAGAGAAGAUUGACCUGUCAGCCAACGAAAUCGAGUACAUCGAGCCGCAUGUUUUUGAGAGCGCGCCCAACCUCAAGGUGUUGAUGCUAGACUCCAAUCGUUUGACCUCCGUGGACCAGCGCAUCCUGGAUUCGUGGUCGUCUCUGGACAGCAUUACCCUGGCAGGGAAUGACUGGGAAUGCAGUCGUAACGUGUGUGCCUUGGCCUCUUGGCUGAGUGCCUUCCGAGGCCAGCGUGACAAUUCCCUGCUGUGUUCAAGCCCUGAUACCGCACAGGGCGAGGAUGUGUUGGAUGCUGUCUACGCUUUCCAGCUAUGUGAGGAUCCACCAACAGAGGUAACCACAGCAGGCCUGUACGCCUCGACAAGGGAUCUGGCCCACGGUGGCUCUGUGUUCCUGGGCCCAUUUACCCUCAAUCCUUUCGACGGCGAGGGGAGUGAGGUGGUCACCAGUUCUUUCACUGUCACAGUGGGCCACGAGGACCUGGAGAGCACCAUGCAGAUCCACAAGGUGGUGACUGGCACCAUGGCACUCAUCUUUUCCUUUCUCAUCAUAGUGCUCAUGCUGUACGUGGCAUGGAAGUGCUUUCCAGCUGGAAUACGGCAACUGAGGCAGUGCUUUACCAGCCAGCGUCGUAAGCAGAAGCAAAAGCAAAGCAUGCAGCAGAUGGCUGCAAUUUCUACGCCGGAGUACUAUGUUGACUAUAAACCGAACCAUAUUGAGGGAGCUUUGGUAAUCAUCAAUGAAUAUGGCUCUUGCACUUGCCAACCACAACCUUCUCGGGAAUGUGAGGUGUGACCCUGCGUUUUGAGUAAGUCGUUACCUGUGGUUAUCUGGAUAUACAGUAAAUCCCUUUUUGGAUACAUUGGGGAGGGGGCCGUCAUGGGACAAAAAGGAAUAAUUGGAUCUUUUGGACACUUUUUACACAGCGUCUCACUGUGAUGUAGGAGGACUGCGCUUCAUGUGGCUGACUAUUUUGUGGUGGAUUUACUGCUUCUGCUAUCUACCGCUGAUCUGAAGUCACACGGCAUAAUGGGCACCUGACUCUUGGACCUGUUGAUGUUCUACAGAAACACAUUGUGUGGAAUACAUUGUAAGCACUGAGGCUUUUCACUCAUGGAUGGAUAUUUGAGCUUUAAUGUGUCUUUCUACUUCAGGACAUUUAAUUAUUGUUUAAAAAUAAACUGGGGACACACACAAAAAAAAGACAAAAGGAACAAAAAAAACAACCAUUUGUAUUAUGGUACACACAAUAUUUGAUGAACAUUUAAAAUAUAAAGAAAAGAUAUGUUUAAGUUUAACUAAAAAUGUAAAAAUAAAAGUCUGUGUAAAAUAUGUUAAAAGAAGAAGUGCAAGUGUGGACAAAAAAAUUUAAAAAGAUAAUCUAUUUCUUUUGUAAACUUCAAAAAUGUUUAAAUAAAUGAACUGCUAUUCACAGCAAACUCAUUUGUACAUGAGAAGCCUGUCAGAGAGGAUGAAUGACGAUAGAUGCAGCUCUUACGGUCGUGGACUGGAGAGCCAUGACUCUGCAGUGUAUCGAACCAAAAAAACGUUAAUAGACGAAAUAGAAAACAAAAAAAAAGAUAGCUACAUAAAUAAAAGGGGCAGAGGGAUAUCUGCAUCUCAUCUCCAAUGUAAAAUCCAUCUGGUCUGAAUUUUAGAUCUCUUCUCUGUUUUAAAUCCCACAAUUUGUUGUUUUAUCAUUCACUGUGUAGUUCAAUGUAGUUUCUUUCCCAUGGCUUAUCUGUGAAAAAAUUCAAAUGAUCUAUUUCAUUUUUAUCAGUUUGAAUAUUUUCAUUUUUAUGAUAUCACUAUUUGUGAACCAUCCAAGUAAAGAAAGCAGAGUGUCAAAGAUCUAAAGCUACGUCUCUCAUUGCUUCUCACUGUUUGGGUGCCACACACGCAGGAAAAAGUGGCCUCCUUUUAAACGAAGCACACUAAAUUCAACAACCAUCGAAGCCAUGCAUACCGAAAAAUCUAAAUACAAUCCAAGUAGUAUGAGAAACACUGAAGACAUCACCCACCAGCUUCAAGGAAAAUUUGCACAUUAUAAUCGUCACUGUGUUUUCAUGUGAUGUGAAAUGUUUGUUCAAUACAAAGGCCAUUUAGAGGUGUAUAUAUAUCCUUCUUCCUCUGGUGUUCAUUGUGUAAAUUAAUGCACUGACAGAUGUUGUGUUUCCUGGGUCCUUUGACAUGAAUCGUAUGUUGUGUGAGAGGGAGAUGGAGGAUUCCUACGACUGCAGAAAGAGGGAACAGACUGCUCUCUAGUGUGCAUACUCUCAUACUGUGGCUGCAUUUUACCUAUUGUGCACCAUGUUCUGCAAAACGUCCACGGCAGGGGCUACAUCGGUAUACUGAAUUUGCAGCAGCUUUUCUGAAAAAAAAAUAUCAAUGCAUCAACUUGCAUCUUUUAUUUUAUUUUAUUUUGUGUGUUAUUUUGCGAUUAAAUUAAGAUAAUGUUUACAACUUGUAAGUCAGCAGGAAUAAAAAUGUUUUAAGAACUCA